CUGACUGCUGACUUCAGUGUACUUAAAUCUCUGGUUAUAAUCUUGCAUGUUUUUUUAUUUUUAACCUUUCAAAUCUCUACAUAUUAGUUUUAUUGACCCAAAUUUAAACCUUAACCACAGAGGUGUUAAAUCACAAUCGCUGGUUGACCUGCUCUCACUCUAGAUGUAAUGACUUAUUUGUGUUGCUGCUGUCAUAUAUUCAGGUAGUUUUCUGCCACCUUAACCUUCUGCAAUUAUCAUCUUGGGAAAUGUAUAUAUCUUAUUUUCUAAUUGCAUGUUUUGGUGAUUUUGUGAACACAUAGUCUGUGGGAUUGUGAUCAUUUGUUUUUGGAUUAUUUUUUAUGUUUUUAUAUGAUGGACAUUAUUUUAUUUAAAUAAUGAAAUAGUGCAGUUAAAUAAUGUGUAUGGCCUCUGAACUACUCCUUCCGUUUGACUUCAUGGGUCUUAAUGGAGAUCAACAGAGUCAACGCGGAUGAACAGCUGAUCAUGUACUGGUUGUUCUCACCACUUUUAAAAACAUUAAGUUUUAUAAAUAUCAUUGUUCAUUGUGUGAUCCAGGAUUUAUCAUUUCCUUCCACAGAGCUGACAUAAUGGUUUACAGAGUGACUGCAAAUUUGAUUGACUUCAUUUCCUCCUAAUUUGUUAGUAAAGUCUUUAGCUAAGUCAAAGUCAUUUUUGUGAUAUUUUGUGCUGAUAGAAACAUUGACCAGGAGUCUUUUUCGCUCAUUUCGAUGCAUGUUUGCAAAACUAAUAAAGUGAUGUUCCCUCAAAGAAAAUAAAAAAGUGAUCAGUGUUUUAGAAACCUUUAUACUUCUACUCCACUACAUUAUUAGUAGAAAUACUUUACUAUUUACUGCACUACAACGACCUGACAGCUGAACUCCUUUUUCACAUUAAGACAACCCAGCCGCCGUCCCGGUUCUUCCUGUUCUAAAACACAGCCAGCUCCACAUGUAUUUCCUUGUUCCCUCCCCUUCAGAUCUAUAGUUUGAAGAUGGGUGGAACCAACAUGUGGUGAAGUGCAAGAGCUGACAGGCCCCGUUCACUGCAGAGACACACGUUGUUUAGAUCAGAGCUCAAACUAGUUUCAGUUCUGAGAAAGUGAAACUCAGACAGUCGUUGACACUGAGAGGUGACAUGGCGCAGAAAGGAGUUCAGCUGGACCGGGAGACCUUCUCUUGUUCGAUCUGUCUGGAUCUACUGAAGGAUCCGGUGACUAUUCCCUGUGGACACAGCUACUGCAUCAGCUGUAUUAAAAGCUUCUGGGAUGAAGAGGAUCAGAAGAGAAUCCACAGCUGCCCUCAGUGUAGGCAGACCUUCACACCGAGGCCUGUCCUGGUGAAAAGCACCAUGUUAGCGGUUUUAGUGGAGGAGCUGAAGAAGACUGGACUCCAAGCUGCUCCUGCUGAUCACUGCUAUGCUGGACCUGAAGAUGUGGCCUGUGAUUUCUGCACUGGGAAGAAACUGAAAGCUGUCAAGUCUUGUCUGAUGUGUCUGGCCUCCUACUGUGAGAAACACCUGCAGCCUCAUUACGAUGUAGCUCCAUUAAAGAAACACAAGCUGGUGGAGCCCUCCAAGAAACUCCAGGAGAACAUCUGCUCUCGUCAUGAUGAGGUGAUGAAGAUGUUCUGCCGCACUGAUCAGCAGUGUAUCUGUUAUCUCUGCUCUGUGGAUGAACAUAAAGGCCACGACACAGUCUCAGCUGCAGCAGAAAGGACUGAGAGGCAGAGAGAGCUCCAGCUGAGUCGGCAACAAAUCCAGCAGAGAAUCCAGGACAGAGAGAAAGAUGUGAAGGUGCUUCAACAGGAGGUGGAGGCCAUCAAUGGCUCUGCUGAUAAAGCAGUGGAGGACAGUGAGAAGAUCUUCACUGAGCUGAUCCGUCUCAUGGAGAAAAGAAGCUCUGAUGUGAAGCAGCAGAUCAGAUCCCAGCAGAAAACUGAAGUGAGUCGAGUCAAAGAGCUUCAGGAGAAGCUGGAGCAGGAGAUCACUGAGCUGAAGAGGAAAGACGCUGAGCUGAAGCAGCUCUCACACACAGAGGAUCACAACCAGUUUCUACACAACUACCCCUCACUGUCACGACUCAGUGAAUCUACAGACUCAUCCAGCAUCAAUAUCCGUCCUCUGAGCUACUUUGAGGACGUGACAGCAGCUGUGUCACAGCUCAGAGAUAAACUACAGGACAUUCUGAGAGACACAUGGACAAACAUCUCACUGACAGUGAUUGAUGUGGAUGUUUCACUGUCACAAACAGAGCCCAGGACCCGAGCUGGAUUUUUAAAAUAUUCACAGGAAAUCACACUGGAUCCAAACACAGCACACACACGUCUGUUAUUAUCUGAGGGAAACAGAAAAGCAACAUUAAUGAGAAAAAAACAGUCUUAUUCAAGUCACCCAGACAGAUUCACUACAUAUAUGCAAGUCCUGAGUAGAGAGAGUCUGACUGGACAUUGUUACUGGGAGGUGGAGUGGAGAGGAGGAGGAGUUAAUUUAGCAAUUGCAUAUAAGAAUAUCAGCAGAGCAGGGAACUCGGAUGAAUGUGUAUUUGGAAACAAUGACAAAUCUUGGACGUUAAGUUGUAACCAAAGCAGUUAUUCAUUUUUGUACAACAACAUCAGAACUCCAGUCUCAGGUCCUCGGUCCUCCAGAGUAGGAGUGUACCUGGAUCACAGAGCAGGUAUUCUUUCCUUCUACAGCGUCUCUGAAACCAUGACUCUCCUCCACAGAGUCCAGACCACAUUCACUCAGCCUCUCUAUGCUGGACUUUGGCUUCCAUGGAAUAAUGAAGACACAGCUGAGUUGUAUAAACUCAAAUAGGCAAAGGUCAUUCAGCUUUUUUCACUAAAACAGGUUUGUCAUAGAGAAAUGAGCAGAGUUUUCUUUCACUUGAUGCUUCAAAACUGGAAAAAUGUUUAGAACUCAUUUGGGCAAGUUUUAGAGUGAAGGAGUUUAGUUGAGUCCUGUGUGGUUGUGGACUUGAGGUGGUUUCAUGUGCUGUGAUGUUGAUUUACAUGAAGAUGAAACUUCAGAAUGAUGCUGUCAUGUUGGUUCAGCAUUUAGCUCUGUCUUUUUGCAGUUUUAUUCCAGAGCUCAUUAAAACUUGUUGUGAAUCCUUUUGUCUGAGGUUUAAUCUCUUGACCCACAAAACAACCUGCUGUUCACAAGAUUUUUUGUCAUUAAUGCUGAAGUGACGACCAAGAAAAGCAUCCAAAACAGUUGCAUUCACAUGAACUCAGAAAUAUUGACAGGACAAAUGAUUAAAGUGAUGAAUGACUCUUUCAUUGCACAUAUGGUCAACUAUGAGACAAACCGUUUGAAAGUUUGUUGUUAUGAAAAUCUAUUAACUGAUGUUUUCACUGUAGUGCAGAGAUUGUAUGGUUCCCCUGUGAAAUGUAUCUAAAAAGUUUUAGAGCCUCCAGUUUAUCAUCAAAAGUACAUCUUCUUCAUCAUAAGCACGAGCUUGUUUGUUUUUGGAGAGGCACAUUUUUUACACUUGCCACAUGGUAGAGAGAUUUGACAAAAUAAAUGAAAUACUUAAUGUUUUUAUUUUGAAAUAACAAAUAAUAACUGCAAACAGAUUUAAUGACAAUAAGAAGUAGUAUUUAGUAUAGCAAUUUAAUAUUGCAUUUGUGUGUAUUUUUGUGUGUGUGUGAAUUAUAACAAAUUGUUGCAAAUUCUAAUUUUGUAGCCAGUGUGGCAGCCUAGAUUAAGGGUUUCUUUACCCACAUUACACCUUCAUUUCUCAUUUAAUUCCACGUGUGGUUUUUAACCAUGGAGAGAGUUUGGGUUUUAUUAUUGUCUUCAACCAAUAAACUGGAGC